AAACUAGUUCAACGAAGCUAGGCAUAUCUUCAAAAAUUAAAAUGAGAUUCGCCGUGGUCGUGUUUGCCUGUGUGCUGGCAGCUGUUAGCGCGCAAUUUAAUCCAGGGCAAUAUUUCCCCCAAAAGGAUCAAUACCAAUUUAACAGAUACAACCAGAACAAUCGAUUCCCCUACAACAACAACAACAAUUACAACAACUACAACCGUUACCAAAACUACAACCCCUACAAACCUUACGUUAACAACCCCCGCCCCACUGUUACCGUCGCUAAGGCCACUGCCAGCGUUUCCCCCUCUGUCUUCCCCUCUUUCGCAUCAGUCACACCUGCGGCCCCCGCUGCGGUAUCAGUUGCUCCUGCAGUCGAAUCCAUUGCCAAAUUGCCCGUAGCCAAAGCUGUUAGUGAUGAUGGCCACGCCGAGACUGUAAAAUACGGCAACGAAAUCCAUCCUGAUGGUUCCUACGACUUCUACUAUGAAACUAACAACGGUAUUGCUGCUCAAUCCCAAGGAGUACCACGCAACUUUGGCGGUAGCCCUCCUGUAGCUCCCUCGGUUGCUCAAGGUGCUUUCUCCUGGAUCUCUCCUGAGGGUCAAUUGAUCUCCAUUAGAUACGUUGCCGACGAGAACGGAUACCAACCCUCUGGUGACGCUAUUCCCCAGGCUCCCACGAUUCCCCCACUGAUCGCUCGCUCCCUUGAGUACAUUGCGUCACAUACUCCUUACUCGUCCGUCGCUGUCGACAAAACCAAUUAGUUUGUAAUACAUAGUAAAAUAUACGAACAUAUUCACCUCAAAUAUAAGGUAAACAAGACAGAAUACCAAUUUAAUAAAUGUGAAUACGUAUAACUACAAAAUGGAUUGUAAUAAGUUACUAAAAUAUAACGAACUGUUAAAUCAAAAAGUGUUUUUAAAUAAAAAUAGUUUUAUAAUCUAA